CUUCAAGAUAUGGGGGGACUCAUGUUCUUGCGAAGCCAUUCAAAAAGUUGUUUGAGGCUUACAUCUCAGAUCAAUCCGAAGAUUACGCGUGGACUCAGACCCACAGCUUCUUUGUGCUGAUGGGUGGGUUUAUGCUUUAUGUAGAUGGGGAGCCCUACCGUACACUACUGCCUGACAAGGUUCUCGAGCUGAUACGUAAAGGGUGUAUUGAUGCCCCUACCUUAACGGCAAAGGAGAUCGGCGACCGGAGCAAAGGCAAUAUGAUAUCGAAAGGAUUGAUCAUACUUCAGGUGGCCUGGUUCAUUCUGCAGCUCAUCUCUCGCGCCAUUUAUCGCCUCGAAACCACCCAGCUGGAAACGGGGACGCUCGCUUUUGCGGUUCUGAAUUUCCUGACCUAUGCGCUAUGGUGGAAUAAGCCUCUCGAUGUUCAGUGUCCAUAUCGGGUGUACUGGAAGUCGACAGAGUCAAAGCCAGAGGAUCACAUUGAUGUCCUCCCUAAUAAUUAUGAAGACAAUGUGCUUGUCACGAUCAUUAAGGCAACCUUCGGUCCAUCUAUAGAACUGAUCGGCUUACACGUUCCCACGCGUAAGCUCCGAGUUCCUACAUUUGAUGGCAGCAUCAAACUAGAAGAAUCGGACACUUUGAUACUUGUAUUUGCCGGAGUUCUGAUUGCGACAAUCUUUGGCGGCAUCCAUUGUAUGGCUUGGUUUUUUACCUUUCCUACCAAUCUGGAACAGGUCCUGUGGCGCAUGAGUGCCGUCGCUAUAACUUGCACACCCUGGAUUGAAAUUCUAAUAAAAUGCAUGGAUGUUAUAAUGAAUGGCAUAGGUGAUAUAAUGACAGCUGUUUUCAUGUUCAUAUUUGCCCUGUUGUACAUUAUAUCUCGUGGUAUGCUCUUGGUACUUAUGUUCACGACAUUACGCCAUCUUCCUCUUGACGCAUACAUGACGGUGUCGUGGGUUAGUUUAGUGCCACACUUGUAGUUUGCUUAUUUUCAUACUUUUGUAACCAUACUCAGGAUUACAGGCAGUAUCAUAGUACGCAAAAAUUGUAUUUCAGGAA